AUGAACGCGUCACGCUUACCACAUGGGUUCAAUGACACCAACCAUGACGUCACAUAUCCUACAUCGUCGGAAUGGUUGGACGGCAGCAACUGUUCAUGGGUUGACGCGGUGUCGUGGGGCUGCAAUACCACCAUUAAUGGCACCAGCUCCAAUGCCACCAGCACCGACGUCACGUCGCUCGUCCUCAUGACUGUCACUUCCGUGGUGCUUGCUCUUAUUAUACUAGCUACUAUUGUAGGAAAUGUGUUCGUGAUCGCCGCCAUCAUUAUCGAGAGGAACUUGCAGAAUGUGGCCAACUAUCUGGUCGCGUCGCUGGCUGUCGCAGACCUCAUGGUCGCCUGUCUUGUUAUGCCUUUAGGUGCUGUUUAUGAGGUUAGUCAAGGCUGGAUCCUGGGGCCGGAGUUAUGCGACAUGUGGACGUCCAGUGAUGUACUCUGCAGUUCAGCGUCGAUCCUACACCUUGUUGCUAUUGCUACUGACAGGUACUGGGCUGUGACAAACGUAGACUACAUCCAUAUAAGAAAUGAAAGGCGUAUCUUCACAAUGAUCGUACUUGUGUGGGGUGCCGCGCUUGUCGUCUCUCUUGCUCCACAGCUCGGCUGGAAGGACCCCGACUACCUAGCCAGAAUAACCCAACAACAAAAGUGUCUAGUCAGCCAAGACCUUGCCUACCAGAUUUUUGCCACAAUGUCCACAUUCUAUGUGCCACUAGCCGUUAUUCUUAUCCUGUACUGGAAAAUUUUCCAGACAGCUAGAAGACGUAUUAGAAGGAGAAGAGAUCCACCUCCUCCACGUCCAACUUCCGCUGAUGGAGCUCCACCUUCAGGAAGACCAGUUCAAUCAGCAAGAGACAGGCGAUUUGUAAAGAAACGAUUCCUGAACCUUAAGAAAUGCAACCAGCGAACGCGCGCUGAGACAUUGGCUGCUGCGCUGUUAUUGACAGAGGGACAAAGUACUUCAACAGUCGAUACAUUGGAUGAAGAGCCAAGGACAACCGCGUUCACAAUCAAUGAAAAAGCACCACCAUCGGUAUCACCAGAAAAGUCUUCCUCAACUGUUACUAAUGGCUCAAAGACCGAACGAGCCAUAGUACCUGCAAUGACGCACCGAGAAAAGAAGGAAUCUUUAGAAGCUAAGAGAGAGAGGAAAGCGGCAAAGACGUUGGCCAUUAUCACUGGAGCGUUUGUGUUCUGCUGGCUUCCAUUUUUUAUAAUGGCGUUGGUGAUGCCUAUUUGCCAAACAUGUGUUAUCAGUGACUACUUAGCCAGCUUUUUCCUAUGGCUGGGCUACUUCAACUCGACCCUAAACCCUGUUAUAUAUACAAUUUUCAGCCCCGACUUUCGCCAAGCGUUCGCACGAAUCCUGUUCGGCACACACCGGCGAGGAAGAAAUAAAAAAUUCUAA